AUGUUUCGCGUACUUCUGGCCCUAGCCAUCGCCGGCCACCUAGCGUUGGCCCAACGCGACUCACUGGUUGAGAAGAUCCGUCCGCUGGCCCUCAGCUGGACUCCAGGAGCGAACCCACUGCCACCGCAUCAAUACCUGUCCGGAACCAAGCGUGAAGAAAGCGACAAACGUGGCCUUCCGCUGGGCAUCCUGAUCGCGAAGCAGCAGAUCGAGCUGCCGGAACAGUUUGACGCCCGCGAGCGGUGGCCAGAGUGCCCCAGUUUGAGGGAGAUUAGGAACCAGGGCUGCUGCGCAGGUUGCUGGGCCAUUUCGGCGGCGGAGACAUUCAGUGACCGUUGGUGCAUUCAUUCCGGAGGAAAGUCGCAGUUCUCGUUUGGGGCGUUGGAUCUGCUGUCGUGUUGUCCCAAGUGCGGUGAGGGAUGUAGCGGGGCCGGAUAUCUGGGGAACUCCUGGCUGCACUGGGUUCGAGGCGGUGUGGCCAGCGGUGGUCCGUACAACUCCAACCGGGGUUGCCAUCCGUACCCGUUCGAUGUUUGCCAAUCGCCCGACGAACAGGACGACGCGCCCAAGUGUGACCUCAAGUGUCAAGCGUCGUACAACGUGACCAACGUGGCCGACGAUCGGCGCUUUGGACGGAUCGCCUAUCGAGUGCACCCGGAGGAGACCGCCAUCAUGGAGGAGAUCUUCGUGCAUGGUCCGGUGCAGGCUUCGAUGGACAUAUAUUACGACUUCAAGGCGUACCGGACGGGAGUGUAUCGGCACGUGUUUGGACCGCAGGACUCGGAACAUGCUAUCAAGAUCCUGGGCUGGGGCGUUGAGAACGGCGUCAAAUACUGGCUGUGCAGCAACUCGUGGGGACAGGACUGGGGUGCAGAUGGUGGCUUCUUUAAGAUCGUUCGCGGUGAGGACCACUGCGGAAUCGAGUCCAAUGUGCAUGCAGGGUUGCCUGAUUACAACAGGCGCAGCUGAGUUGAAGAUUCGGUUUAGCGAAUUCAUGUUGGUAAUUUAAAUAAUUAAAAGUGUUUCAUUCAAUAUAAAAAAAAUUAAAUAAAAAAGUAAAACAA